GCCCGGCGGGAAAGGCGUGAAGGACCGCGCCGCGCCGUCGCCGCCGCCGCCGUCGGGCUUCGGUCGCCCCGGUAACGUGCGUGGGGCCGCUUCCUCACCAUGGGCGUCCGCGUCGCGCGGGCUGCUUGGGCCUGGGGCCGGGGCGUGAGCGGCCGCCGCGGCGCCGCGACCUUCCCGGUGCCUCCGCCGGGCGCGGUGGACGUGGCGGAGCUGCUGCGAGAUGCGACAGCGACGGAGGAAGGGCCCCGGGAGGCGGCGGUGCGGCGGUUGCCCGGCCAGUGCUCCGUGCUGCUCUUCCCCGGCCAGGGCAGCCAGGUGGUGGGCAUGGGCCGCGGUCUGCUCCGCUACCCGCGCGUCCGCGAGCUCUACGCCGCCGCCCGCCGCGUGCUGGGCUACGACCUGCUGGAGCUGAGCCUGCACGGGCCGCAGGAGGCCCUGGACCGCACCGUGCACUGCCAGCCCGCCGUCUUCGUGGCUUCGCUGGCCGCCGUCGAGAAACUGCAUCACCUGCAGCCCGCGGUUAUUGAGAACUGUGUCGCAGCUGCUGGAUUCAGUGUGGGAGAAUUUGCAGCCCUAGUGUUUGCUGGAGCCAUGGACUUUUGUGAAGGUUUGCAUGCAGUGAAAAUCCGAGCUGAGGCCAUGCAGGACGCCUCGGAAGCUGUCCCCAGUGGGAUGUUGUCUGUCCUCGGCCAGCCUCAGUCCAGGUUCGCCGUCGCCUGUCUGGAAGCCCAGGAGCACUGCAAGACUUUGGGCAUAGAGAACCCUGUGUGCGAGGUGUCCAACUACCUCUUUCCUGACUGCAGGGUGAUCUCAGGACACCUGGAGGCUCUACAGUUUCUCCAGAAGAACUCCUCUAAGUAUCACUUCAGACGCACCAAGAUGUUGCCGGUUAGCGGUGGGUUCCACACCCGCCUCAUGGAGCCAGCCUUGGAGCCCCUGGCGCAAGUUUUAAAGGCAAUUGAUGUCAGGAAGCCUCUGGUUUCCGUCCACUCAAACGUCGAUGGGAAUCGAUACAUGCAUUCAAAACACAUCCAGAAAUUGCUGGUCCAGCAGGUGGUUUCUCCGGUGAAGUGGGAGCAGACGAUGCACGCCAUAUACGAGAGGAAGAAAGGCACCGAGUUCCCCAGAACUUUCGAAGUAGGACCUGGGAAGCAGCUGGGAACCAUCCUCAAGAGCUGUAACCUGCAGGCUUGGAAAUCCUACAGUCACGUGGAGGUGCGAGAGGCUGACGAGGACCCGGAACAGAACCUGUAGGGGCCUCCUGAUGACCUUGGCGUGGAGGGGCGUGGCUGAGGAGGCCGGAGGGGUCCAGUGGGCUAAGCCCAGCCUGGGCUUCCUAUCAGGCCACCUCCUCUGAGUGAGUGGGAGGGAUGGUUUGCAGAGUGCUUUGAAUGCCACAUAAAAAGCACUGAAAA